AUGGAAAAUUUGAUCCUUGAAAACGUUAGCCACCGUCGGGCUGCCAUAAACACAAAAUAUCAUUGUUUGUAUGGCUACUACUUCCUCGGAUUAUCACGAUCGCAGUUAGCUACAAUCUAUAAGAAGUCAAAAUCCACAAUUAGUUUUUGGAUAACGGAAUACGAACAAGAAGGAACUUUAUGUCACAGGAAACGACAGAGCACCUUCAGGAAGUUUGAUGCUGACAAACGUGCCUGGCUUAUAAAUCAGUACCGGAAAAAUCCCAUAUUGUAUCUCGAUGAAGCUCGGCAAAGGUUUACCCUACACUUUGGAGUUUCAAUUAGCGCAUCGUCCAUCUGUAAUAUAUUGCGCUCAUAUGGAAUGACUUGGAAAGUCCUGGAGAGGAGAGCUAUGCAGAUACGCCAAAAAGACAUUGAAAGAUAUACUCAAGAAUUAGACUGUUUCAAGUGGGACCUUCAUCAACUAUUAUUUCUUGACGAAGUUUCUUUUGCAAACAGAGAGCUCGUACGCAACCGAGGAUAUGAAAUGAAAGGACAAAAGUUAGUGUUUAGAGGGGAAUUUUGUCGAAAGCCAAGAGUUUCUUGUCUUUGCUUUUUAGGACAAUCUGGCAUAGUCGAAUGUUUUGAGACAGAGGGCACAUUCACGCGUCAAAAAUUUUUCGAUUGUUGUAGGAAAAUGGCUCUGUUCAACAAUAAUGUACGAUCAUAUCCUGGUAAAUUUUCUGUAUGGGUGAUGGACGGUGCAUGCAUUCACUGUGAUGCAAAUAUCAUACAGUAUUUACGCUCCUUAGGAAUAAUUCCUCUUUUUUUGCCGGCCUACUGCCCAUUUUAUAACCCCAUUGAAGUUAUUUUCGGAUUGGUAAAAAAGUAUUUAAAGAGAAAUCUUAUAGAAGGAGAUAAAACACCACUUUCAAAUAUCAUUCAAGCGGCACUUACCAAAUUUACUCUAUAUGACUGUACGAAACGGUUUGCUAAAUGUGGUUACGUUGCAGGUGGUAAAUUCAAUUCGUUGGUUAGUCAAUAA